AUGUCGCCCACCAUCACCAUCCGCCUCUCCACCUCUGCCAGCCAAGCUGCUCGCAGGUACAUCUCAAGCUCAACAACCAUGAAAAGCGCCGUCGCCCCCAGUGUCCGAAAGUCUACCAGUUUGGUCGAGAAAUGGAGGAAUGCCUCUCCUCAGAAUCGUCGAUAUGUCUUGGCAGGUCUCGCAGUCGUUGCCUCUGUUGAUGUUUACAUGCACUACACAUACUGGCCUACUAUUCGAGCAUGGUUCGGUGGCGAGAAGAUUGUUAGGAACUGA